UCAAACAGAAGAAUUGGCAUGUCAGCACAGAGGUGAUCCGGAGAAUCCCCAACUAUCUGAAGAUGGUGACAUUAUGCUUGGGGGAAUUUUCUCUUUCUACAGCAGCUGUAAAGCCAGAAAGGAAACCUAUACAAACAAACCCUCGCAAGCAGAAUGCAACAGUUUGAAUUUCAGAGAUUUCCAAUAUGCGCAGUCUAUGCGUUUUGCCAUUGAGGAGAUUAAUAACAGCACAGACCUACUACCUGGAGUCUCUCUGGGAUACAAAAUGUAUGAUACAUGUAGCUCCAUUGCCAGAAGUGUGAGGGUUGCCCUGGCCGUGUCUAAUGCCAAUGGAGUUGCAUUUGAGACCUCGGAGGCUUCAUGCACCAAACCUGCACAAGUGCAGGCAAUUAUAGGUGAAGCAUCUUCUUCUCAGUGCAUGGCAAUAGCUACUGUUGUUGGACUCUUUCACAUACCACAGAUCAGCCAAUUUGCCACCUGUGCUUGUCUCAGUGAUAAAUCCAAGUACCCAUCCUUCCUCAGAACAAUACCCAGUGACUACUAUCAGAGCAGAGCUCUGGCCCAGCUGGUCAAACACUUUGGUUGGACUUGGGUUGGAGCUAUUAGAAGCAAUAAUGAUUAUGGAAAUAAGGGCAUGGCUACAUUCACAGAAACAGCUCAGCAGCUUGGCAUCUGUCUGGAGUAUUCUGUAGCUUUCUUCAGGACAGACCCACCAAACAAGAUACAAGACAUUAUUAAAAUUAUUAAGCAUUCCACCUCCAAGGUGAUUGUUGCUUUCCUCUCCAGCUUGGAUAUGGAUGUACUAAUUUAUCAGUUGUCUCAGAUCAACCUCAGUGGGUACCAGUGGGUUGGUACAGAGUCCUGGAUUUUUGAUCCUAACAAUGCAGAAAAGGAUCAGCAUCACAUUUUGGAUGGUGCCAUAGGUCUGUCGAUCCCCAAAGCACAUGUCAGAGGCAUGAAAGAGUUUAUAAUAGACGUGAAGCCGCUGACUUUACAAAGUAACAAGAUGAUAAUUGACUUCUGGGAAACAUUAUUUAACUGUAAAUUUAAUCAGUCAAAUUCAUCACCAGAGAAUCUCAAACAAUGUACUGGACAAGAGGAUUUAGCUGGAGUGCAACAUGGCUUCACUGAUAUGUCACUUAUGCCCAUAUUCAACAAUAUCUAUAAAGGAGUGUAUGCUGUGGCCCAUGCAUUUCAUAAGAUACUUGACUGCAACAAAACAUGUAAUAAACCAAGGAUGUUAGAUCCAUUCAUGAUUUUACAGGGUGUGAAAAACAUCAUAUUCAAAACAAAGGAAGGAGAUAAAGUUUACUUCAAUGAGGAUGGAGACCCACCAGCAAAAUAUGAAAUUAUAAACUGGCAGCCAACAGAAAAUGGUGUUGUGAACUUUGUCACAGUUGGUCUCUAUGAUGCAUCUUUACCUGCAGACAAACAGCUGAGUCUGCAAAAUAUGACUUUAUACUGGGCACAGAACUCAACACAGGUUCCUGUGUCAGUUUGCAGUAAGAAAUGUUCCCCAGGAACCUGUAAGGUUCUCCAGAAAGGAAUGCCUGUCUGCUGCUAUGACUGUAUAAGAUGUGCAGACGGAGAAAUAAGCAACACCACAGAUUCCAUCAGCUGUGUUCAAUGUCAACCUGAAUUCUGGUCAAAUUACAGAAGAGACGUGUGUGUAAAGAAGGAGGCGGAGUUUCUAUCCUAUGAAGAAAUGAUGGGAGCACUGCUCACUGCAGCAUCUUUAUGUGGAACAUGCAUGACUGCUAUUGUGGCCUUCAUUUUCUUCACAUACAGGAAAACCCCUAUUGUCAGGGCCAACAACUCUGAGCUGAGCUUCUUGCUGCUCUUCUCCCUGACUCUGUGCUUCCUAUGUUCUCUGACCUUCAUGGGUCAACCCUCUGAGUGGUCCUGCAUGCUGAGACACACAGCAUUUGGCAUUACCUUUGUUCUCUGUAUGUCUUGUGUUCUGGGCAAAACUGUGGUGGUGUUAAUGGCCUUCAGAGCUUCACUUCCAGGCAGUAAUGUGAUGAAAUGGUUUGGACCAACACAGCAGAGACUCAGUGUUCUGGUCUUCACUCUCAUACAGGUUGUAAUAUGUGUCCUGUGGUUAACAAUUUCUCCUCCUUUCCCAUUUAAGAACUUGAAGGUAGUCAAAGACAGAAUCAUCUUAGAAUGUGCUCUGGGCUCAGCUGUAGGAUUCUGGGCUGUACUUGGCUACAUAGGUUUUCUGGCUCUGCUCUGUUUCAUUCUUGCAUUUCUGGCUCGGAGACUUCCUGAUAACUUUAACGAGGCCAAGUUCAUCACCUUCAGCAUGUUGAUAUUCUGUGCAGUGUGGCUCACCUUUAUUCCAGCUUAUGUCAGCUCUCCUGGAAAGUUCAGUGUUGCUGUGGAAAUAUUUGCUAUUCUGGCCUCUAGUUUUGGACUGUUGAUAUGUAUGUUCAUUCCGAAAUGUUACAUUAUGUUAUUGAGGCCGGAGAAGAACACAAAGAAGUAUUUAAUGGACAAAAGGAGCACAACAAAUACUGUGAAAACCUACAUACCUUUAUAAAUAUAUAGUGACAAAGACACACAUACUGUGCAUAUACAGUAUAUGGAUAUGACCAUGAAAUUAAUAUUUGAAGAUUAAUAAAGGCGUUCACAUUAAGCUCGUAAGGUCAAUGAUGACGGACUACUUUAUUUCCAUCCUGUUAUAUGGCACUUGUGUAAUUGUAGGUUGCAGUGCAUGACAUCAUUUAUAAUAGAAUUUGUUUGGCGCAAUAUUUGAAUGUUACAGAUAGAAGAGAGUCACAGUGUGUUCCUGGGGCGGACCCAGGUGGAGUUUGCAUGUUCGCCUGCUCGCAAACAUGCCCAUAGGUAUGUGUGAAUGGUUGUCUGUCUGUGUGUGUUGCCCUGCGGUGGAUGGAACGACUUUUGUUCUUAUUUUUUAAGCCCUUUGUGAAAACAUUAAUUUAUUUGUUUAUAUAUUUUGUUUAAAACACCCAUUUCUUCAUUUUAUUGCAUACCACUUCUCAUUUCAAACACUGGCCAGGCUGUGUAUGUCAUUGAAUUCGAAUAAUGCAAUUUUUAACUUCAACUUUAACUUCUCACUCAGUAACUCAUACAGUUACUGCUAUAGUUUUUGUAUUGAUAUCUUUUCUUAAAAUUA